CACUUCAAUAAUGCUAAGUUUCAUUUCAAUUCCAUUACAAUAGAUCUCUGCGUUCCUCCACACCAUCUUCGUCUUCAUCUCUACCUAUGUUUCCCUCUCCUUCUCCAUCUCCAUCUCCAAUUUAAUAGAAUUUGAUUUGUGUUCUUAUCUUCGAAUGACAUGGAUUCCAUCUCUAUCUUCAUCUCCUUCUCAAAUUUAUUUGAUGUUCUUCUAUUGAAACGUCGUGGAUUCUGGCACGCACAAGGCGAGCGUUUGUUCUUGAAUGCCAUGGAUUCUGACAUCGCAGUGGAAUCUGAUGUGCACGCUGGAUUUUUUUUCCCCAUCUCCAUCUCCAUUUUCAUCUCAUUUUUUUCUCCAUUUUUAAUGCAAAAUUCUUGUAUUUCUUAUGCAUGCUGGUGCGUAAAAUCCAUCCGGACAUCUUUUGAAAAGAUUUUUUUUAACUUACUUGUUUUGCAAUGGUUUUCAUAUCAAUUUAGCAGUCUUGUGCUUGAAAUCCUCUUGUAAUUUCAGUAUGAAUUUUAUUUUUAAUUUUUUGCCAUUUAGAACAUGGUCCUCAUGUAUUAUGCAUUCUGUGAUCUCCUAGAUUAUGUAUGCAUGUCAUUCUAAUAUGGAAUGCAGAUAUCAUAAUGAUAAG